AUGAGUGGGUUAGCAAAACCAUAUCUUGCUGGGUCCAAUUUCAAGGCACCGUGCUCCAAAUGGAACAAAUCUGACUUGACAAGUAAUAAAUCAGAACAGGUUUUCACAGGCAAGAAUCUGGCACGAGGAACGACCACUCCGUGUGCUCCUUCAAAGUGUCUGAUGGCGGCACCAACGGCGGUUUCCAAUUGCAAAACAUUGAAUUCGGAAUUACCCUUGGAAAUGGAUUUUUGGUUGGGGAUGAUUUCGGCCUGGAUGCUAUUUGACUCCACCAACUUUUUAACGGCCUUCAAGUUGAUCCACAAGUUGUUGGUGUUGAAGUACUUGAAUUAUUUUGAUCGACUUGAAAUCUUCAACGUGCUCCUUGGGUACCUGAGCAAUUUCCAACAACCGAACUUGGCCAUCAUAAUUGAUCAAAGUUCCUCCCUUAACAUCGGCUCUGGUUUUGUCGGUCAAUUCCAUGAGAUACUCUGCUCCGGUUUCGAUCAUGUGGUCCAAAAUCUUGGUGUCGACAGUGGCUCCUAA